AUGGAUAUUCUGGGACCUUUUCCACUGUCCAAGACUGGGAAUAAAAGUAUUGUGGUAGCCGUAGAUUACGUCACCAAGUGGGCGAGGACUCGAGCUCUACCUUCAGCAGAUGCGUCGGAGGUAGCAGAUUUUUUGGUGAAAUUUGUGCUGUUAAGACAUGGAGCUCCACGCCAGUUGACGACCGACCAGGGGCGUUGCUUCACUGCUGAGGCAAAUGGUUUGGUGGAAAGGUUGAACCGCACCCUAGCUGACAUGCUGUCCAUGUAUGUUAGCUCCGACCAUAAGGAUUGGGACGAGUCGUUACCUUUCGUAACGUUCGCUUACAACACCAGCCGUCAUGAAAGUACGGGACGCACUCCAUUCUACCUGGUGUACGGAAGAGAAGCUGUUCUCCCCAUCGAUGGCGCUCUGAACGCGGAUCCCAAUUUGGUACACCCGAGUCCAUUAAUAUGUGCCCCCUCGGAAUGGCGGGAAAACUUUAGCACCGCUGUAAAUUUCGAAGACGGAUAUGCGAAAAGAAUCGCUAAACAUUUAAAUAUCCAUAAGGUAUCGGUUGUCCGCUGGAUUGAUCGUUACAAAGAAAGAAAAAAUUUAGAACCUAAAUUUAAUGUUAAUGGUCAGCCUAGACAUACGACGGAAAACGAAGAUUUUUUAUUAGCUUGUUCAGCGGUUCUUAACAAUUUCAGAAAUUCUCGGGAUAUUGCGGCACAUGUCAGACUUGAUCAUUUAUCAAAGAAUUCCAUUACGAGGCGGCUGAACAACUGUGGGAUGAAUUCACGUAUUGCUGCAGUUAAGGACAUUCUAACCGGUGAACAUCGAGCAGCAUGCUUACAUUUCGCAAGGCGAUACGUUCAUUACCCAUUAGAAUUUUGGCGAUGGGUAGUUUUCACGGAUGAAAAAUCAUGUUCGGCAAUUCACAAUGCACGGCAUACUAGAGAAUGGCUAGCUUUGCAUCCACAGCUCAUUGCCCUAGAUUGGCCGACGAAAGGUGCAGAUACGAACCCGAUUGAAAAUAUUUGGGGUUAUCUCGUCUGCAAAUUAACGAAAUCUAGAACCGGAGACGGGUUGCCGUAUCACGCGCGUGAUGCCAACAACGCUAAUUUGUUAUUUGAAUUAGUGCGCAAUGAAUGGGAAAAACUUGCUGAUAACGAGAACAUUCUUCAACAUUUAAUUGAAAGUAUGCCAGAACGUCUUCAGAAGGUUAUUGAUGCUGAAGGUGGAUGGACAAGAUAUUAACAAAUAAGAAA